AUGGAGCGAAAAGUGGCUCGCGAAUUCAGACACAAGCCCUUAAGAUGUAAGAUGACACUCCUGACCUUCCUCUUUCAUCCUCCACUGCCGCACCGCUAUUAUUCCAUCGCCGUGGUUUGGCAGGACGGGAACACAAGAGGUCUCGUGGAGUUGCUGAUCGAAAAUGAGGCAGAAAAGGACUACUUGUACGAUGUUCUUCGCAUGUAUCAUCAAUCCAUGGACCUGCCCGUGCUGGUCGGCGACCUGAAGCUGGUCAUCAACGAACCCAAGCGUUUGCCCCUUUUCGACGCCAUCCGUCCGCUCAUCCCUCUCAAACACCAGGUGGAGUACGACCUGCAAACUCCCAAGCGCUCCAGGAAGCUAAAAGAGGUGCGCUUGGAUCGAACGCAUCGCGACGGCCUGGGUCUGAGCGUCCGAGGCGGUCUGGAAUUCGGCUGCGGUCUCUACAUCUCGCAAAUCGUCAAAGACGGACAAGCCGGAAACGUCGGUCUUCAGGUCGGCGACGAGAUCGUUCGCAUCAACGGAUAUUCCAUCUCUUCCUGCAUACACGAGGAAGUCAUCAGUUUGAUCAAGACCAAGAAGAUCGUCUCGCUCAAAGUUAGACAUGUGGGGAUGAUUCCUGUCAAAAGCUCAUCGGACGAACCCCUCAAAUGGCAGUUUGUCGAUCAGUUUGUGUCCGAAUCUGGGGAGAAAAAAAGCAGCGUUGCCGGCUUGGCCUCCAUCGGAGGGAAGGAAAUCAAGGAGAAGAAGGUCUUCCUCAGCCUGGUGGGUACCAAAGGAAUGGGCAUCAGCAUCUCCAGCGGUCCCACGCAGAAACCCGGCAUCUACAUCAGCAACGUCAAACCCGGUUCGCUAUCGGCGGAGGUUGGACUUCAGAUUGGGGACCAGAUUGUAGAAGUCAAUGGGGUGGACUUCACCAAUGUGGACCACAAGGAGGCUGUAAGAGUGCUGAAAAGCAGCAGGAGUCUGACCAUUACCGUUCUGACCGGAGCCGGCAGCGAACUGUUCAUGACGGACGAGGAGCGUCUGGCUUUGGAGGCGCGACGGGAGCUGGAGCGGCAGGAGCUGAUGCAUCAGAAGAGGGUGGCUCUGGAGACCAACAAGAUCCUUAAAGAGCAGCAGGAGAAGGAGAGGCAGAGGAAGAUGGAAAUCUCCCAAAAAGCUGCAGAAGAAGAACAACGCUACAAACAAGAAAUGGAACGAAUCGAGGCGGCGGAGCGGAAACACCACAGAGAGUGGGAAGAAGACUACGGUACCCCCGAGCGCUCUCAGAGAACCCCGUCGCCCGCCCCGCCCGAAAUGAAAAGCGCCUCGCCGCCGAAAGCCAAAAGCUCUCACGAAGAAGCCGGCUCGUUGACCGACGACGAGGCCAAUGAGAGCGAGCGGGAAGAGCAAGCGCCUGUGGCGGCUGCCACUGCCCUUCUGUUGGCAAGGCCAUCGGCGAGCCCUUCUGGGGCCCUUGUGAUCUGGGGUGGGGCCUGUUGUCCCCAGCUGGGUGCCCAGGGUGCUCCCUGGUACCAUGCCGCGCACCCCUGUCGGCCCGAGGUUGAGUGGUGGGGCGCGCCUCCGCCCCUUGGGCCUGUCUCCGGCUUCGCCCAGGCCACUGCCAUUCUGUUGGCAGGACCAUUGGUGGGCCUUCCUGGGGCCUGUGUGAUCUGGGGUGGGCCUGUUGUCCCCAGCUGGAUAACAUUUGGCUGGUUUUACCGCUACGAGGGGAAACUUCCUUCAUUCCGCAAGAAGAAGAAAAAGAAAAAAAUGUCCAGCGUGGACACCCUGCAGGAGCAGAGAAAAAACAAAAAGGAGAUGGAGUUUGAGCUGAAGUUGGCCAAGGAGAAAGAAGAGAUGUACGAGCGAGAGAAGCAGUUGAAGAUCAACAGGCUGGUUCAGGAGGUUUCCGAGACGGAGAGAGAAGAUCUGGAAGAGUCGGAAAAAGUCCAGCACUGGGUUGAACGUCUUUGUCAGACUCGCUUGGAGCAAAUUUCCUGCGUGGAGAACGAGUCACCUGAGUUGUCCCCUCCGCUCUCCCCUCCUUCGGAGCCCAAAGUCAAACGUUUCCCCGGAGGUUUGCACCUGGCCACCACCGACCUGGACGACAUUAAUUUGGAUGAGGUGGAUCAGAGCCUGAAGGGGCCCCUGAAGAGAUUGGCCCCCACGGCCCCGACGACGAUAAGCCAGCCUCCUCCUCCUCUGCCUCUGCCGCCCCCUUCGCCCAAACUCAACCCCACCCUCCCCAACCGGAAACCCCCUUCCACCUCGUCCACCGUGACCAGAGGGCGCCGAGCCCGAGCGUCUCGAGCUUCCCCUCAGCCCACCCCGCCGCCGCCGCCACCCCCUCCUCCUCCUCCGCCCCCGCCCCCUCCGCCGCCACCUCCGCCGCCCCAGCAUCAUCACCCGUCUUCACCCGCGAGCCCACCUGAGCGCAGGAGCGAGUGGGAGGCGGGGGGCUACCUCCCGAGGGGCGGCAUCUACUCAGCUAGCGCUAGCGAAAUGUCCUACCCGUCUAGUCCGAAGCAACUAGCGCCCAGUCCUCCGAACCGGCGACGUCCGCCGGCGGCCGUCAUGUCCAAGCCCGUCAUGCUGCCGCAUUCGCAGAACCGCCGACCGGAGCCUCUCAGACCUGCGCUUCGUUCCGACGGACCGCCAGCGGAAAUGUUGAAACGGAUGGUGCCUUUCAACUCCUCUUUUAAAUCCAACAACAAAGCACAAGUGUCAAACUCCAGGCUCUGGGCCAGUUUGGGCCCACCGCCUCACUUUGUACGGCCUGCUAAAGGCUUUCAGAAAUACUUGGAGGAUUUCGAUCCACACUCCAUGUUCUCAUCAGAGCAGAUUGCCGGAAGAGACGUGAGACUGCUGAGAAUCCGAAAGGAGGGACAGCUGGAUUUGGCGCUGGAGGGGGGCGCCGACUCGCCUUUGGGGAAAUUAGUAGUGUCGUCCGUGUACGAGGGCGGAGCUGCAGACAAGCACGGUGGCAUUGUCCCAGGCGAUGAGCUGAUGGCCGUCAAUGGAAAGAUCUUGUUAGAUGCUCCACUCAAUGAAGGGCAGAAUUCCCUGGCAAGAGCCUGGAAUAGCGGAGGGGACUGGAUCGAUGUUGUGAUUGCAGUGUCGCCGCCGAAACAUUACGAAGAUGAAGUGUAAGCUCUCCCUUUUCAACACUUUUUUUUGCAGCGUCGCAAAGUCAGCAUCAGUCAGUCCCAGUGUGAACAGAAAAGGCAGCAGCGCAACACUGUACAGGCACGGCUACCUGCUGCAGCCCUAAGCCUCCAUCCGGUAACUCUUCCAACCGCAGAGUGGCUCUUGACUUGUCUGUGA